AUGCUUGUAGUCUCACUCACAUGCAGCCGACCUGCCUUACAAGGACGGGGUCUACAGGUCCAAGGUAAGAACGGGCCUAGACUGGCUGUGCCUGUCGUCGGCAUCUCGCCCACCCUCAUGCUCAUGACUCUAUUGCCCCUCGCCUGGCAAGCACCUUACUUCUUUCCCACCAAACGGAACGACGGACAACGCUGGAAACUAUCAAAAAGGCACCCGCGCCUACUUUGGUGCGACCUGGGAUUCCACGUUCUCUCAACUCUCGUCUCUUGUCUGCAUUGCAUUGCUUCGCUUUGCAUCUCGCAUGCUUCUUUUUUGACACAACACCUCAACCGUCCCACUACCAUCAGCAUUCUCACCUUCGUAAACGAGCUGCCGACCUAUUUCGAGGCGCCCGCUAGACCACUUGCUCAUCUCUAUCCCUACCUUGACUCCGUCUUCGCGACUUCGCCUGUGCACCGGGUAACCCGAUUACCUGACCGUAAGGAUACACACCCAUUCACCGAUAUCGUCGCAUCGACGUCAGUAGCCAUGAACGGAUCCGACAAGCAGUGGCGCGCACUAUUACAACUGCCAGUUGCUGCUGUUGUCAAUAUGAUCUUUCUGCUCAUUUCCCGACUGCGCGCUACUGCCAACAUCGUCAUCGCCCACGGUUCUUUUUCUGCUCUCGCUUUUCUCCACAUUUCCGAUCCCGUCACCCCCGUCUCCCAACGUUCCAAAUUCCGUCACUCCCGGGCACCCAAGCAAGUCUCGGCCCAACCAGUCAGCUUGUUCAAGGCACCCGACGGCCCCAGCUGCUUGCGCCCGAACUUGUUCUUCAAAGCCACCCUCUCCGUCCAAGCUACCCCUGCCAACUUAGAUGUGCUGGUCGCUAAGGUACGGACGGGUCCCCUGCAAUGCACGGCUCAAGCCACCCCGACCACGCUGCUUUGGAGUCCCUUCUUGCGUCACUGCCCAUCCAAUCUGCCGGAUUUCCAAGAACAGCUCCGAACUCUGCCUCACAUCAUUCCAUACUUGCUCGACCCUCUUACUGCUCCCGAACCAAGCCAAGAAACAGGUCCCGGAAGCUCUUUCAUAAACCCCGAUCCACUGCUACGAACUUUCUCGCAGAAGAAGAAAGGCAAAGAACCAGUUCAGAAUAGCGACAAGAGCCAGACCAGCCAUAAAGCUCACAGUCGUACCUCAUCGUAUCCCACUCCGCCUGCAUCCGCAAGCCCAACGCGAUCCAGCUUUCAUUCAUCCAAUCCAUUUUCACCGACUUAUCAGCGCGCUUCGGUGUCCCUGUCUAGAGGACCUGCUUCCCCAACAUCACCGUCUUCGCCAGGCCAUCCCCUAGGCCGCAGUACCAGUGUUCGAAGCAACGGUCUCCGAAGCCCGUCUUCGCCAAGCAAUCGCUUUCCACCAAGCACAAGUGUCACUCGAAGCAUCAGCGCACGCACUCGCUCUAUCGCUGAGGCAAACGGAACCCAAGCCGACUCUUCAGUUCAGCGCAGCAAGAGCGUGAACUCACACCAAGGCUCCAGCGGUCUCAGACGUUCCAGUUCCAUCAACCAGAGAUUCCCCGGCGAUAUGUCUCAUCGACCUCUAGACAUGAUCAAGCGCGAGCAGCGCGCCGCGGACCGCGCGCCUCACCUUAGAACGCGCAAAUAUGGCCCCGUGACGGACACCAUUGACUCGCUCGACAGUAUCGGCGGCGUCUACCAUCACGGCGGUCCCUAUGAUGCCACUUUGGCAUCCCGCAACCGCAACAAGAAGUAUGCGCCUGUUGAGGCUGUGAGGGAGUCCAACAUGGAGGCCUUGAGGGCUACGCCUCGCGAAUACAUUCAGGAUUCCCUGGACAAGCAUGUGCCUUUGCAAGGUACCGGUCUUAUUCCCGCCGGUGGCACUGACAUGAGCGGCAAUGUUAUGAACUAUGAGGAAGGAGCCGAUCUCAUGCGUGAGCCCAAUAACCAAGGCGGCGCUUACAAGAGAUGGGAUGGAAUCCAAUAUCAUCCUGAUGAUUUGAAGGGAAAGGGAGAGCCUUCUUACACCUACGAGAGAGACCUUAAGGAGAAGAAGCGCAUGCGUAAGGCUUCUCUCGGCAACAGCCCCGCAGAAUACGAGAUGCGCUCCGGCAUCAACGCUCAGUCACGUAAGGACAACGGGGCAAUGGUACGUCAGCGCAGUGUCAGCAAUGCUGCAGACGGAAGACCCGGCCCCUCCGAGUUGCCUAAGGGACAUUCCAACAGCGCCGACGUCCAUCGCCACAACAGCACCGGCAAGCAUUUCGGCGACAGCCUGAAGCGUCGUUUCGGCAGCAUCCGUCGCAAGAACCACGCUGCGGCGUAG